CUGCAAACCAAUGCCUGUGUCACCUCAGCUAGGCCUUUGCCCGCGUUCGUGAAGGAGGCUCUGAAGUGUGUUCAUGAGGAUGUUGUGUCCAGGUACUAUGGCUGCGGCCUGGUGAUCCCGGAGUGCUUGGAGACCUGUUGGAUAUUGGAUCUGGGCAGCGGGAGUGGCAGGGACUGCUAUAUGCUGAGUAAACUGGUUGGGGAGAAAGGGCAUGUCACAGGAAUUGACAUGACGGACACUCAGGUAGAGGUGGCAAAGAAGCACAUUGACUAUCAUAUGAAGAAGUUUGGUUACCAGGUGCCUAACGUGGACUUCAUCCACGGCUACAUGGAAAAGCUGGGCGAUGCUGGCCUGAAGGACGAAAGUUACCAUAUAGUUAUCUCCAACUGUGUGAUUAACCUCUCGCCUGAUAAGAGAGCCGUCCUGCAGGAGGCCUAUCGAGUGCUAAAGGUAAUGCCAGCGUGGGCUGCGCCGUGCACAUGCCCAGGGACACUGGCAGACACAAUAGCCCUGCAAUCAAGAGUCACGGGGCCUGCAAGGGCAGCCCCGGCCGAACGGGUGUUCUCCGGCAUACACCGUUGUGACCUGCCUGAGGACAUCAGGAAACACAGGGUCCUCUGGGGCGAGUGCCUGGGAGGAGCCCUGUGGUGGAAGGAUCUCUACAGGAUCGCCGAGGACGUUGGAUUCUGCCCUCCCCGCCUGGUGACUGCCAGCCGCAUAACCAUCAAUAACAAGGAACUGGAGAGCGUGGUGGGUGACUGUCAGUUUGUCUCUGCGACUUUCCGUCUCUUCAAAGUGCCCCUGAAAGGCCCAGCUGAGCCGUGCCAGGUUAUUUACAACGGCGGGAUCACCGGCCAUGAAAAGGAACUGGAGUUGGAUGCCAAUUUCACAUUCAAGGAAGGGGAGGUGGUGGCAGUGGAUGCAGAAACGGCAGCCAUUUUGCGGCACUCCAGGUUUGCAGAGGAGUUCCUGAUCCGGCCUGCUGCCGGGAGGCCGCCGGCGCCGGGGGGCUGUUGUCCCGUGAAAGCAAAGAUGAUGAAUGUCUCCCAGGGCAGAGCCUCCGCUACGGUCAGUCAGCAAGAGCUGAAGUCGGGUGAUUUACUGCCGACCGUCCGGCCUUCCCUCGCUAGGCAGUAUCCUUGUGCCCAGAGGGCGGGUUGCAGCCACCGAAAGAGGAAGUGCCAGGAGAAGAUCCUCGACCCCUUCCAGUUCGUGGGGCGAAGCUGGCUGGCUGCUGCGGCCCCAAAGGCUGCUCCUGAAAAGCUGAGCCCAGCGCGGAGACGGAAGAGUCGGAGCCGCUUUGGUUCCUCGCCGCGGAACCGCAGGUGCAAAUGA